CUACCUCAUGUGCCGUCACGUACAAUUUAAUUCUGUGAGUACUCAUUUGGUAAAACUACCUUUAUUUAUCUGCACUCUUCUCAAAGAUUUCUCAAAAACCGAUGCAUCAAAUUUCAAAUAAAUAAACAGUAGAGCUACACUCAGUACUGCGGUACAAAUACGCUUUACAGAGAGCUAUAUCACUCACAUGCAUACUGCCGGAAUCACGUUGUGCUCUCCGCAGUCCAAUCUGGGGAAGAUUUUCGAUUCAAUUAUAGAAUCAUCACACAACUGUCUGUGCUGCAGUUGACGAGAAGAACUUUCAGAUUCAAACCGCCUCAUAGUUGUCACAUCAAUUCUGCAAUAAACACGAGUCAAACGUUCACCUGAGGAUUUUCCUUUUUCUUUUUUUACCGCUGACCACAGUUUGGAAACUGUUGGCCUGGAUGACAUGCAAUGUGUGAGUUUAUGCUCCUCACCGGAGAUAACGGAUAAUCUGUGCCUGCCAUUGACCCUUUUCCUAAUCUCCAAAACCCAACAGUUUAAGGAAAAAGAAAAUCAAAAAUGGAAGAAAAAAAAAAUCAACAUGUUGAAUUAGAUUUGAGUUUAAAUUUGAACAAAAUCAAGGAGAAGAUGUUCAGUUUGUUUGGAAAAAAGUAGAGUGGCUUAAAUUAACCAUAGAAUAUUAUUGAAACAGACAUUGCUUUUUUUGUUGUGUUGAUUUCAUCAAAUAUUUUUUUUUAAAAAAUGAAUAUAAAAUGAGAUCAAAUGCUUUAAGAUUGACAUUCUAUUCCUCAUUGAUCCAUCCACCUCGUCUCCACAUCGUCCUCCGGGACAAUGUCCUCUUUUUACUGGGCGAGGGAGUUCCACAUCGCUCCACUCUACAUUAUGCCCCCCCCCCAAAAAAAAAGAACCGUCGCAGGGAUUAUUACGCGUGGCGUCUGCGUUUUUAAAUCUGCCCCAACUUCGCUCCAGCCACCACACCGCGCGGAAGGGGGGGGGGGGAUUUAACAGCUACCUUACCGAGUCGUUGAGCCUCCUCACCGAGUAGGAAAUUAUUGGAGCGAGAGCGAGGGAGAGCGAGAGAGAGAGAGAGGGAGAGAGAGACGCACGGCGCUGGAUUAUUCGGGCAGAGCGGCUGCAGCCACGGUGGAUGUAACACGGGCGGACGACGGACGGAGAGCUCGAAUCUAUUCAGACUGCGAGUUUUGUAUAUUUUUUGAAUUCUCUCUCCCGACGGACGGACGGCGCCGGGCGGGAUGCUGGAUAUGGUUGUGAGGGCCUGUUUCUAUCGUCCUGUCGUACAGUGAGGCAGUGAGCUCACGGUGGAUACAGCAUGCAUGUGUCGACAUAUCCCAUGAUGCACUCUGCCAGUCCAGGCCUGCUCCUCCUCAGCUUCCUCUUCCUUGCUGAUGCCGACUCACCCCCCAGGUUUACGCGAACCCCCGAAGAUCAGACAGGAGUCCAGGGGGGAGUGGCCUCCUUUGUGUGCCAGGCCACGGGGGAGCCACAGCCCAAGAUUGUCUGGAACAAGAAAGGCAAAAAAGUCAGCAACCAGAGAUUUGAGGUUAUAGAGUUUGACGACGGGUCCGGCUCGGUCCUGCGGAUCCAGCCGCUGAGGACCCCCAGGGACGAGGCCAUUUACGAAUGUCACGCCUCCAACUCUGCAGGAGAGCUCAUUGCCUCCACCCGACUGAGUGUGCUACGGGAGGACCAGCUGCCCUCGGGGUUCCCCACCAUAGACAUGGGCCCCCAGCUGAAAGUGGUGGAGCGCUCCCGGACCGCCACUAUGCUCUGCGCCGCUAGCGGCAACCCUGACCCAGAAAUUACCUGGUUCAAGGAUUUCCUGCCGGUCAACACGUCCAAUAACAACGGACGAAUCAAGCAGCUCCGCUCAGAGUCCUUUGGUGGCACGCCCAUACGAGGUGCCCUCCAGAUAGAGAUGAGCGAGGAGUCAGACCAGGGGAAGUAUGAGUGUGUCGCCACCAACAGCGAUGGGACACGCUAUUCCACUCCAGCUAACCUCUAUGUCAGAGAGCUGCGAGAAGUGCGCCGCGUCCCCCCUCGCUUCUCCAUCCCCCCAGCGGACAGCGAGAUCAUGCCGGGGGGGAACGUCAACAUCACCUGCGUCGCCGUCGGCUCCCCGAUGCCGUACGUGAAGUGGAUGCUGGGGGCAGAGGACCUGACGCCCGAGGACGACAUGCCCAUCGGCCGCAACGUCCUGGAGCUGACCGACGUGCGCCAGUCCAACAAUUAUACGUGCGUCGCCAUGUCGACGCUCGGCGUGAUCGAGGCGGUGGCGCAGAUUACCGUGAAAGCUCUGCCGAAGGCCCCUGGUACCGCCGUGGUGACGGAGAGAACUGCAACGAGCAUCACACUCACCUGGGAUUCCGGCAACCCCGAGCCUGUCUCCUACUACAUCAUACAGCACCGUGCCAAAGGGUCAGAGGAUCCCUAUAAGGAGAUCGAUGGCAUCGCCACAACGCGCUACAGCGUGGGCGGCCUCAGCCCAUACUCCCACUACGACUUUCGGGUGGCGGCCGUCAACACCAUUGGCCAGGGCCCCUCCAGCGAGGUGGUGGAGGCCCGCACAGCCGAGCAGGCCCCCUCCUCGCCUCCUCGGCAGGUCAGAGGUCGUAUGCUGAGCACCACAACGGCAAUCAUCCACUGGGAUGAACCAGAGGAACCCAACGGACAGGUGGUGGGCUACAGAGUCUACUACACCUCAGACAACUUGCUGCCAGUCAACCAGUGGGAGAAGCAGAUGGUGCGCAGCGCCAACUUCAUCACCAUCCAGGGUCUGACUCCCAACAAGACUUAUUACAUCAGAGUGCUGGCCUUCACCUCCGUAGGAGAUGGACCCCUGUCCCAGGACCUGCAGAUCAUAGCCAAGACCGGAGUUCCAUCCCAACCUUCGGAAUUUAAGGGCGAGGCCAAGUCCGAGACCAGUAUCCUGUUGUCCUGGGUCGCCCCACCCCAGGGUGGCCCCGACAACCAGAUCACGGGAUAUGAACUGGUCUACCGACGAGCUGACGACACAGAGGAGAAGAAAGUGAGCUUUGAGCCCACCACCUCCUACCUGUUAAAGAACCUGAAGCCUUUCUCCACCUACACCUUCCAGCUGGCUGCCAGGAGCAAGCAUGGAAUUGGGGCGUACACCAACGAGGUGUCCAUCGACACACCGCAGACGCUUCCUUCAGCGCCUCCCCAGGACAUCACAUGCGCCAGUCCCAGCUCUACCAGCAUUCUGGUAAGUUGGGCUCCACCCCCUCUGGAGUUUCAAAACGGCGUCAUCACCGGAUACUCCAUCCAGUACUCCACUACCGAGGGCAACAAAAUAUCUAAAAGUGUUGACGGAAUUCCUCCGGAGAGUUCUCCGUAUCUCCUGGAAGACCUGGAGAAAUGGACUGAGUAUGGCAUAACGGUACGGGCGCAGACGGAAGCCGGCGACGGACCGGAGAGUUUACAGCUGCUCAUCCGCACCGAGGAAGAUGUUCCAAGUGGUCCUCCGCGGGGGGUGGAGGCGGAGACUGUGAACGCCUCGGCCGUUAGGGUGAAAUGGCGAGCACCAGCACCCGAACGGCAGCACGGUCAGGUCCGAGGCUACCAAGUCCACUAUGUGAGGAUGAACUACGGAGAACCUCAGGGUCAGCCGUUCAUCAAGGACAUCCUCAUAGAGGACUCUCAGUGGGAACAUGGUGACUCAGCUGAAUAUGAGGUGGUUCUCGGAGACCUGAAGGCAGACACCGCCUACUCUGUAUCGGUGGGGGCUUACACUGCCAAGGGCGACGGCGCUCGCAGCAAACCUGUUACCGUCUGCAGCGCCCUGCCACUGCCCGAGAAGCCCAAACUGACUGUGAGCGCCACCGAUUCAGGUACGGCUCUGCUUCAGUGGUACCCGCCGCCCAACCUGCCCACCCCGCUCCUCGGGUACCGCCUCACCUUCGGACGCGUCGACGUCCUCCCCUUCACGGUGGUGGAGUUCCCUACCAAGGAGAACCGCUACACCGCCCAGGACGUCCACAAGGGAGCCAACUACGUGUUCAGGCUGUCCUCCCGUAACAAAAUGGGCUACGGCGAGGAGGCCGUCAAGGAGCUGACCACUCCGGAGGAUGCCCCAAGUGGAUACCCAGAAAAUAUCAUCUCGGAGGAGGCGUCUGCCACCUCCCUCCGGCUGGAGUGGAAAUCGGUCCCGCUGAUUGAGCAAAACGGGAAAAUCACCAAGUACUCUGUCCUGUACAAGGAUAUAAACAGUCGAGGGAACGCCUCGGAGGUCGCGGUGCCCACUCCAGGGGCGAGUGUUUUGUUGGAGGGUCUGAGUGCCGAUACUGUGUACGAAGUCAGGUUGUGCGCGUUCACAGCUGUUGGCCCCGGGCCGUUCAGCCCAAGUGUCCAGUUUAGGACGCAGCGGCUAGACCAAGUUUUUGCCACCAACUUCAGAGUAAAAGCUGCCAUGAAGAACUCUGUUCUGCUGUCCUGGGAGAUACGAGACAAGAACCCUGCCCAGCCGUUCACCAUCCUGUAUGGAAAGAGCCAGUCCGUGGAGGUGGAUGGGAAGCAGACUCAGAAGCUGAUCACCGGCUUGGAGCCGGACACGCAGUAUUCCUUCCUGCUCACCAACCGGGCCAACAGCGCCGGGGGUCUGCAGCACCGCGUCACCGCCACCACCGCCCCGGACAUCCUGAAGACCAAACCCACGGUGGUGGGGAAGACCAACGCAGACGGCAUGGUGACCGUGCAGCUGCCGACCGUGCAGACCACGGCCAAAGUCAGGGGUUACUAUGUGGUGGUGGUGCCACUGAAGAAGCAGAGAGGAGGGAAGUUCCAGAAUCCCUGGGAGGAGCCCGACCAGAUGAACCUGGAUGAGCUGCUGAAAGAGAUCAACAGGACCAGUGUCAGUCGCGCCCUUCGCAUCCGCAGACAGGCCGGCCAAUCAGAUCCGAGGGCCUACGUCACCGCUCACUUCAAGACCCUCCCCCUGGAGUUCACGCUGGGUGAUGGGCGAAACUACGGCGACUUCCGCAACCGUCCGCUGCAGAACGGACAGGAGUAUGUUUUCUUUGUGCUUGCGCUGUUGGACCUCUCUGAGAACACCAUGUACGCCACCAGCCCUUAUUCUGAUCCCGUGACCUCAUCGGAUGUGGAUCCUCAGCCAAUCGUCGAUGAGGAAGAGGGUCUGUUGUGGGUGGUGGGGCCUGUGCUGGCUGUCAUCUUCAUCGUCUGCAUCGUCAUCGCCAUCCUCCUGUUCAAGAGCAAACCCGACAGGAAAAGGGCCGAGGCUGAGGGCAGGAAGGGCAGUUUCCCCUGCAGCAAAGCCAUGUCGUCCCACCAUCCCACUGAUCCCGUGGAGCUACGCCGAAUCAACUUCCAGACUCCAGCCUACCGCGUAUCAGUGUACCGCGGCUACCGCCGUUUGUCAAGCAUGACGAGUCACCCGCCCGUCCCCAUCUCUGAGCUAGCAGAUCACACCGAGCGCCUCAAGGCGAACGACAAUCUCAAGUUCUCUCAAGAGUACGAGUCCAUCGACCCCGGUCAGCAGUUCACAUGGGAGAACUCCAACUUGGAGGUCAACAAACCAAAGAACCGCUAUGCUAACGUCAUUGCCUAUGAUCACUCCAGGGUCAUACUCUCCGGUAUUGACGGUGUCCCAGGCAGUGACUACAUCAACGCCAACUAUGUCGAUGGCUACCGCCGUCAGAAUGCCUAUAUCGCCACUCAGGGAUCCCUCCCUGAGACUUUCGGGGAGUUCUGGAGGAUGGUCUGGGAGCAGCACACGGCUAACAUUAUCAUGAUGACCAAGCUGGAAGAGAAGUCACGGAUGCCCUCUUAUUUCUUCUCUAAGGUGAAGUGUGAUCAGUACUGGCCAACGCGGGGCACAGAGACCUACGGCCUCAUCCAGGUCACUCUGCUGGACACCGUGGAGCUGGCCACCUACUCUGUCAGGACCUUCGCUCUUUACAAGAGCGGCUCCAAUGAGAAGCGCGAGGUUCGUCACUUCCAGUUCACAGCCUGGCCGGACCACGGGGUGCCUGAACACCCCACUCCCUUCCUGGCCUUCCUACGCAGGGUCAAGGCCUGCAACCCUCCAGAUGCCGGUCCCAUGGUCGUCCAUUGCAGUGCUGGAGUUGGUCGCACGGGGUGCUUCAUCGUGAUCGAAGCCAUGGCGGAGCGAAUCAAGCAUGAAAAGACCCUGGACAUCUACGGCCAUGUCACGCUGAUGCGCUCCCAGAGGAACUACAUGGUCCAGACGGAGGACCAGUACAUCUUCAUCCACGAUGCGCUGCUGGAGACCGUGACCUGCGGGAACACUGAGGUCCCCGCCAGGAACCUGUACUCCUACAUCCAGAGGCUGACGCAGAUCGAACCAGGGGAGAAUGUCACCGGCAUGGAGCUGGAGUUCAAGCGUCUGGCCAGUGCCAAGGCCCACACAUCGCGGUUUGUGAGCGCCAACCUGCCGUGCAACAAGUUCAAGAACCGGCUGGUGAACAUCAUGCCCUACGAGACCACGCGAGUGUGCCUGCAGCCAAUCAGAGGAGUGGAGGGAUCGGACUACAUCAACGCCAGCUUCAUCGAUGGAUACAGGCAGCAGAAGGCCUACAUAGCAACCCAAGGCCCGCUGGCUGAGACCACAGAGGACUACUGGAGGAUGCUGUGGGAACACAACUCCACCAUAGUUGUCAUGCUAACCAAACUGAGAGAAAUGGGACGGGAGAAGUGUCACCAGUACUGGCCUGCAGAGCGCUCAGCCAGGUACCAGUACUUUGUGGUGGAUCCCAUGGCCGAGUACAACAUGCCCCAGUACAUUCUGCGAGAGUUCAAAGUCACUGAUGCCAGGGACGGCCAAUCACGGACAGUUCGUCAGUUCCAGUUCACCGAUUGGCCAGAGCAAGGAGUGCCAAAGUCAGGGGAGGGAUUCAUUGAUUUCAUUGGCCAGGUGCACAAAACUAAAGAACAGUUUGGCCAGGACGGGCCAAUUACUGUGCACUGCAGUGCUGGAGUCGGCAGGACCGGUGUGUUCAUCACCCUCAGCAUUGUUCUGGAGAGGAUGAGGUACGAGGGAGUGGUGGACAUCUUCCAGACUGUCAAGAUGCUGCGCACCCAGAGACCUGCCACCGUUCAGACAGAGGACCAGUACCAGUUCUGCUACCGGGCCAGCCUAGAGUACCUGGGAAGCUUUGAUCACUAUGCAACAUAAACCCGACUGGCCGUGUCUCAUGCCACAUCCCAGCUAGUGCACUUUUCUUAGGUCACACGCGGCCUAAAUGAAUGCACUAGGCUGCAGUGUGUCUUUUGAAGAUUUUUUGCGACCACAUGCAGAGUGAAAGGGGACCCAUCGGCUUUUCCCGUACUCAGAAACAGCACCUCCAACUGAGCCAUAGCAACCUGCUUGACAAGGGUGUUUCCUUUCACCCUCAGCCCAAACACACCCAUUGGUCAGUCUGAAGAAGCAACUUCAACCACUGUUCCAAUCAGAAUACUUGAUCAAAUAUUGAUUUUUUUUUUAUUAUUAUUAUUAUUCGUUUCAGUGCUUUUGUGAGCACCCAGAUUGCUUUACAUUGUUUGGGUGUGGAACUCACCUCGUCCACCACCAGUGUAGCAUCACCAACCUAGGCACAGGACCCGGCUACAGUAUUUAGCUGUCACAAGAAAUUUAGAUUUUUCUAUCUUGAGGACUGUCCAGAAGGAGUCUACAAAUCCAUCUUAUGGAAGUCUCGUGGACUGAAGGAACUGGGACUUUUGAGCACCAGGGAAUUGCCAACGGGAGACUGAGAACACAGAGCACACAGUAUUAAAAAGACAAAGAAUAUACAUCCCAAAAAAAGACACCAAGCUAUGUUUUCCUAUUUUGUUUUGGAAACAGACUCUUCUUGUGAAUGAAAAACCAGAUAUUUCUACCAUACAGUAAUAAAAACCACCAGUUCAACCUUAUGCUUCAUGUUUUAAGAUAAGGGAAGCUUGAGAGAGGUUUAAAAUGCAUACCACAAAGUAAAACAUUCAUUUAGUUUUUUAGAAAAGAAAAUAUAGAUAUGUGACUAUCUUGUUUUUUUAAAAACUAGCUAUUCUUUAUGGCAUGUUCUGUUUUUUUUUGUUUUUACAGAUUUAUGACUUUGUCCCCACUGACAAUACAAAGGCAAAGUGGUAUUUUUUACCCUUCUGUGUAAUACAAUGAGCUGUAGCGUUUUAACAAAAAAAGAGGAAAAAAAAGUGAUACGGUACUGUUUUAAAGUGUACAAUCAAAUCUAGUGUGGAAAAUGUUCACAAUUCUAUAAAAAAAAGCACCACAAUUGAGUGUCACUCCUGUAUUCUCUAACCCACUCGGUUGUUCGAAAACACACGGUUGUUUCACCAUGCACACGGGACUCUCAACCUCAUCUCUAUCUGGCCUGCCGGUGUCAAAGAAGACAGCCAUUUUUGAAUUCCCAGGGGCCGACCGAGGUGCAGCAUUAAACCCUGCUGCCACUGGGACGUCCCGAGAAUAAUCUCGCCACGUUCUUCUGUGUGCAGGUUGAUCUGAAAGUCCAGAUAGAAACAACAGAGAGCAUGCACGGAAAAGCAAAGUACGACAAAAACAUCUAUUUAUGUGUCCAAAUAAGCUUCACAAAGAUUUCUUAAGCAGGGAGCGAGCCAGGGAUGUAGAAAAACGAGGGGGGGGGGUUAGGGCAGGAACAAUUUUCUCACUGGAAUGCUCACCUAUGACUUCUCUCUCUGUCUGAUUCAGUGUGCAAUAAGUAGAUGUAUUAUAUAUUUUUGUGUGUAGUCACUAACUGCAGUUAUAUGCCAUUAUGAAGACGAUGAUAUUGAUGACGCAUCUUUUUUCCAGACACAAAGAUGUUGUAUGAUUCUCGCCACUGUUAAAUGUGUCCAAACAGAGGGACGACCUCUGACCUCUUAGGAAGUAGAUCUUUUAUCAUGUCACAGUUUCAGUCGAUGAUGUCAUACUUUCUGUGUGUCAUGGCAACCGACGAAUGAUCAAACUCAUACUUCAAACAGCAUCUAAUAAGUAUUUUGAUUUUAGAUUUCUAGUGCCUUAUAUUACACGCCUAUUUUGAUAAAGUUACUUUAAAGGGUUCUUUUGUGUAUCUUAUGUGUGUGUGCUUGUAUGUAUGUGAACCGAAUGUAUGUGUAUAUGAUUUUGUUAUGUUACAGUACGUAUACGUAUCUAGUGUGUUGUGUUUUUGGCUGUGAAACUUUGUAUGGACGAGCUCUGCGGAGGCUGGAUAGUUGUACUCAUCACUUUCCCAGCAACAACACUGUCAUAUCUCUUUUAAUCGAAAUGAUAUCUUACAUGAGACUCAAAUACAUUAAAAAAAAAAAAGCUGGCUCAGAGGAGUCAUACUUACUCAGCUUCAUCGAAAUCAAGAUGAAGCUGAACUACGGUGGCUAACUUUGUCCGUUUUGGAGAAAAGCUAAGAAACGAACCAAACCGAUACCUGAAGCCCUCCUCCUAAAAUCCGUCACACUGCUCAUCUGUGUCACUCAUCCUGAUGUCAACAGUUAUAUAUAUUUUUUCCUUUAACGACAAAGGCUGAGAGAAGUUCAGGUGCUACGCCUCCAACACAGAAACCAUCAUUUUUUGUAUCUCCGUUAGCGCUUGACCGUAUUAGGGAUCGUUGACGGAUUCCCACCAUCUUACAGUAACCCUGUUGUCGUUUUUUGUAUGCAUGGUACCACUUUUGAGAUGCCCCUUUGGUCGCACCUGUUAUGGGAAGACUUGCACUUUCUCUCUUUGUACUAUGCACUAAUACUAGUAUCCUAUUAUCUCUGAUAGCCCCCUCCCCCUCCCAAAGGAGUUUUACUUGAACUCAGUAAAGAUGGACCCUGUAAUGCUCACAUGGUUGUUUAUAUGUAAAUAACACAAAACACAGAGAGUAAUUGAAAUGCAUAAACAAAUGAAUGAAUAGAUCAACAAUUAAGGUAAAGAGUGAAUAAGAAUCUAUCAGAGUGAUAUAAUACAACGAUGCACCGGAAGUCACAAUUUAUGGCACAGCAGUAUGUGCAAUACAUCACAUUGUGGAUUUGUUGUACCACAAAAGAGACGUUUCACAAAGAAAGUGUUCUAUUUUACCCCCUUAAUGUAUCAUGUAGAUGGAUAAAACUGGAGUUUAUAAAUUGUAUAAAAAUUCAAAUAUGGUGUUACUUGGAUCAAUUACCUUUAAUUGGUCUGUAAAUGUAAACAUUUUUUUUUUUUUUUAAUUUGGUUUGUUUUCUGCUCCGGGUCAACAAGUGCUUUUUAUUUUCCUACAUUUGUUCUCGAAGCGAGUGAAAACCGAAAAACAGGACUGUAUGGAUUUCUGUUCUCUGUCGACACAAGUUUCAUUUGUUACAAAUAAACUCAAGUGAAAUAAUUGCUA